UUUUACAAAGACAAAAAAUAAACAAAGAAAAGAAGAUCCAGAAAAAAGAAAGAAACAAAAAAAAUAAAAAAAAAUAAGAGAGAAGUCUUUAACCCUAAAACCCCCGAUUUCAAUCAACAAUUCUCUCUCCAGAAAUUCAUCCAUUCAAUUUUCCAUCUUAAAAGUGACGAAAUUAUCACAAAUAAUUUUGAAUUUCCAGCACCAAAUUACUUUGUCCGAAUUUUAGUAGCAAAUAAGAAGUGUGAGAAAAAGGAUCUUCCAGAAAUUUGAAGUAUAAGUUAGACAAGAAGGAUGGGGAGGAAGGUUGGUACAUUACGUAUAAAUCCAAAGAAAUUUGGCUCUCUGCAGAAACCUUGCAUGAAGGAAAUGAUAUCAUUUCUGAAUUGCUUGGGUCUGUGCCACAACAAUGAUGAAAAAUGUGAUCGUCAAAAGCAACUUCUGGGCACGUGCAUGGAAGCGCAGGCUGGUAAGAACAAAAAGCCUUGGGGAAGCAUCAAUUAUCACCUGCAGAGGCUUAAUAGAGGAAGGAAGUAGUAUAGUUUUGACAGAAUGGAUUCCUCUCCCAGGUUCUUCCCCAUAGAUCAAACAAUAAUUUUGCAGCUUAAUGUCAGUGGGAUAUGGAAGAUCUCCCUAGAUGCUUUAUGUAAGCUUUAUUGCAGAAAGAUUGUCCAAAUUUCUAGUAUGUUAUCAUUUUAGUACAACACUUUACAAUCCACAUGAGUUAUGGA